AUGGACGAGGACUUCAGGAAUUUGGAAGACGUCCGUCCUUCCGUCUAUAGAACUGCACUGAAAAUCCAGAGGUUGCAGAGAAGCUGCUACAUGGACGUGGUGCUGGUCAGACACAUCACAGCAGCUCUGCCAGAGAGCGGUGAAGUCCACCUGGCCCGGGACGAAGUGAUCUGCUCUCUGAAGAGGAUGUUCCAAAAUGUACCGCUGGAUGGAGGCAGUCAGGUGACCAGUGCCAAGACCGAGGAGCUGUGCACUCUUCUGUUCAAGAUUAUUGACAGGACCAUCUCUGGAGCUGUGGCACUCCUCCAUCUUCAAGUGGUUCUGAUUUGUUUAUCAGCUGAAACUUUACAGCUCAAAUACAGAGCUCUGGUGAGUGUGGCAGAGACCUCAGGUUUUGUCAGCAGGUCAUCUCUCAGAACAGUCCUGGAGGCUGUCAGCCUGGUUCCUGUUGUGGUGCAGGAGGCCAAGGUUUUUGGGGGAGUAGAUGAGGCAGUGGCAGCUUGUUUCAAUGGAGUGAGUGCCUCGACCAUCAGCUGUAAACACAUGCUGUCAUGGCUGCAUAGUGAGCCACGCUUAUUGCUAUGGUUACCGACUCUGUACCGCCUGUUCAUCACCAAGAACGUGACACACAAUGUUCAGUGUCACACCUGUAAGGCCGCUCCGAUCACUGGGCUCAGAUAUCGCUGCAUGAAGUGCGUGAAUGUCCAGGUCUGUCAGAACUGCUUCUUGACAGACAAACAGUCCAAGAGACACAAGACACAUCAUCCGGUCGUUGAGUUCUGCAACCAGCCAAGCUGGAAGGAAUCCCUAUCCUCGUUGGUCAGAACUUCUCGUCGUGUUCUUCUGCCACGAAGAUACACUCAGAGAGUAGCUGACAGGAGGUGGAGCCUUAUGAGGGAAGAGCCACAGGACACCAAGAUGAGCCUUGCUCCUCCAUCCUCUGAUGAAACACCAAAUGUGCAGAAGCUCUGCGACUCAGAAGACUUAAGAGUGGAAACCUCCUUGCUGGCGGAGGUCAGGAACAUUCAUCGAGACAAAUGGCUCCUGGAGCAGGAGCUGCAGGUUUGGAGACUCACAGUCCAGUCAGAGCAUGGUGUGUUGGAGGACCGGUGCGCUCAGAUGGAGGCCAUGAUGGAAAGACUAAUGGAAAAGAACCACUGUCUACAGGAGUCACUUUCACAGGUGUACAGAACUGCUCUCACCAAAAUGGAAAUGGACGAACAUCAAAGACAAACAGGAGUGUUAGCGGAGACAAUGAAAAUUAGCCAUUCUGGAGACUCCCUGGACACAGAGGUCGGCAUGGAAAGGGUUGAUGUGCAAGACAUGAAGGACAGGCAGGAGGAGGAAUCGACAGUAAUGAAGGACAUUGACGACACAGAAGAGUCCUCAGUGACCACUGAUGAAGAUGAUGAAAAAGAGGACCUGGAUGAUGCAGAGCAAGAAGCGGAGAUGGUGGUCACAGAAGAAAGCCUUGAACUGAAAAGCUUAGGGGACAUGGGUGUGGAAAAUGAGGGACUGGGGGGAAGUGAUGUCACUCACAGAUGCUCUGAUGAUCAGAUGAGUGGAUCAACAGAUGGAGAGGAACCGUGCGAUGACAAUUCUCCAUUCGUGACACAGCAUUUUGAGUCACAGGAAGCAAUGCACCAAGAACUCUUUGAGGAACAGGAAGAUGGCAGUUAUGAAGAGCUACUACUGGAGACCAUCGAUCACCUGAGGAAAGAGAUGGAGAGUCAUAGAUAUGAAGGUAAUGACAAGCACUUCACUCCAGACAGGACACUGACUAACUGUGGUGUGUACUACCUGCAGGUGAGGAAGAAGGGGCGGAGCUUGUGCAGGGAGCAGAGCAGGUGA